GGACAUUUCUCCAAAUGAUUGAGUUAGGGGGGAGUCUCGCUGUCUUCCCCCCUCCUGCCCGCCGUCUCUGAUAUGCAGUAACGGGUUGAUGAGCUGAUGAGAUUUUUUGCAAGGGUAUUACGUCGAUAGUUCAAUGGACGCUUGGGUUACCUACGCGAAAAGCUCUUGUCGUGACGUAAAAGUCGUUAUGGACUCGCACUACCGCACAAGACAGGAAAAUAACAUGAUAGCAGAGUAAACUCAGGUGACCUGUGGAGAUGUCAACAAAGGAAGUACUGCUUGACCGCGUCAGCUAUAUUUUUUUGUAUUGACAGUGGGAGAAUUUAAUGUAAAUUUUGGCCAUUUAAAAGGCAAAUGUCGCUUGUUGUCGCCCAAUGCCUUCUUCAAAAAAAAAAACAAAUACGAAAGAACAGAAAGAAGAAGACUAAAGGAGAGAAAGAAAGAAAAAAAAGAAGUACAGUUUAGAAAAGCAGACAGAGUUAGAGGAAUUUUCGAAAGGAGCGAUUAAGAACGCGAAUCAGUUACGAGAGCACGAGACUUAAUCGAUUUGUAUGCAUGUAUAUGAUGCUGUAGUUAAGUGAUGUUCGCUCCUCGUCUAUUCAAAGCCGAACGACAAAAGACGUGGAAGUUUUAACUAAAGGUCGCUAAUUUCCUUUGUUUGCAGUCAGCAUCCCGGUAAAACGGAUUUGCAUAUAACAAGUAGCGAGCGGUCUCUGUUUUGUACUCUCAGUCCUGGAUGUAGCGCUAUGACUUUGAGCUAAAAUUUAGUCAAUUACACGAGCGUCCCAAACAGAGGCAAUUGACAAGAGGAUAACGUGCUGAAACUGACCGCGUAGAACUGUGGAUUCGACCGGUGUAUAAGUUUAGCGACUGCUCAAGGAAACUGCAUCUUUAUUGCAAGCUAUGCAUCGAAAUACUCGCAAAGCUGAGCUAGAUGACCUGAUAAACGCUAACCAUCUUCCAAACAAGAAGUGCGGCGAUGAAUCGCCAGUCUUUAUUCGAAAUGUCCAUCGUUCAAUUUAUUUCGAAGACGUUGAACCUCAGCCAACGAGUGUAAAACCAUUGCCUUCGCCGUCCUCGAAAUUAACAAAGCGGGAGAAUUGGAUGAUCGUGGGAAUUGUUUUCCUUGCCAUUUUGUUGAUUAUUUUUGUCGCGUUGUUCGCACAUGCGAACCAAGCAAGAAGUAGACUGAUCCGUAUUUCCGAACACCAACCUAGUAAAUCAUGGAUUAAUUUAGCAUCAGGUAAGUUUGUCAGCUAUAAGUAAGUUUUAUUUCGUUAACAGUUUUGUUUGUUCAGAUAUACUGCGACUUUUGAAAGGUUCAGCUGCGGUUGUAAAUACGCAUUAGCUGAUGACAGCUUUGGCGUCCAUUGAGGUAUAUCAAGUAACUGCGUGUUUCACCUGGUCCAGUGAUUUAUUUCACCUUUUUAAACGGUUAUAUUACGAACAUGGUUAUCAACUAAUUUACAUAACUGUUGUACAAAUAUAAACGUACAAUUCAAAAAAACUAACCCAUAUUAUACAACAAUGACCAGUCACGUUUUCUCCUCCUUUUAAAUUUUCUAUUGCUGCUUUUUCGGGGUGACACUGACACUUUUUUUUGGACACCUUUCCCGAAGAAUUUCAUCAACGAAAUACUCUAACAUCUUUAAAUGAUUUUGAUUUCAUUAACUGUAAACAUGGUUUUGAUUUUGUUCGUUUGAUGAAAAAUCAGUGCCUCAUUAGUUAUCAAAGCUACUUUUUUUAUUUCGAUUUCCCUUCUUUGGACUAAAACAAAUAGGAGAUUAUAAUCAGUUUUUUUUAUGACCGAUUUUUGUGCGACUCUCCUCUAUUUCUAUAAGAAGCAAAUAUCUAUUCGAAUGAUUAUAUAGUAUUUAAUGUUUAAAGUAAUUUGUUAAUAGAGUCAUAAAUAUGGAAAUGAAGUAUAUUUACUUGUCUGAAAAAGUAAAGUGUAUUAUAAUCAUGAUUCAGUAAUUUACGGGACUUCAAGCCAAAGUUAUAAAUAUUUGACUGGAUAAACUUAGUAAGUUUGGUUGACGUAUUUUUCAGUGACGUGACAUGAUGCGAUAUUCAAUGCAUAAUUUGAUGAAACUUGCCUCCACUGUACUGUUUUCGAAACGAUACGUUGGUCCUUUGCAUUUACCGGAAUUACGUUGCUGAAGCCAUAUGCAUUGUUUUGUCAAAGCUACAAGUCCAAACGAGAUAAUACAAACCGCUGGGGUCAGAUUUCUUAAUUUUUGUUUUAUUUUAGUUUGGUUUUUACGUAUGAAAUGCAGAACAAAUUAGUGGAUAUUGAAAUAAAUAUGCGGUAUUUUUUUUUAGAGGGAAUCAGGCAAAUGUUUCAACUAUAAGAUUAAGGGUUUUGUGCAAAUCUCAUUAAAAGUAGCAGAAAGGUCGUUUGUAGAUAAUUGUUGGCUUACUGUGGCAGUUAUCGGUUUUGGUGAUUGUGUAAAACGUCAUUUAAAAUCUCCUCAUUGCGGGCAUAUUCUUAAUAUCGACCAUUCUUGUGGUUUACAUAUAAUACUCCGUGUCUGUACGCGCACGCGCAUAUUAUAGCACUCCCACCGUUUUGUGAGGCAUUUUAAUUAUUCCGGAUAUCACAAAAAUCUUAUCUAAUCCGUUAAAGCUUCAUAAAGUGGUUCCAUGGCUUUUUUUUCUGUAGUUGGUAGCUUUCCAAAAUCUUUUGCCGGCAUAUUGUAUGCUUUUCCCUGGUUAGUGUUCCAUAAGGCAAAAAUUUCUUAAUACCUUUGGGCGGCGUUCUAGUCACUUUUAGCCAAGGUCUAGGAUAGUGUUAUCUGCGCCGGCUGAGACAUUGAUUCCUCUUGAUAUCACGAAAACAUGUUCUAAUAAUUGUUUUAUUGUUUAUUGCAUUGUUUAGAAGAAAGAAAAAAGACAAACAUUGCUUUUGUUAAUCACGCAUUGUGGGCGUCUAACCUUUACACUAGGCCGUUGUAUUCGCUCGAAAAUAACGAACUAAUCUGUAGCUUGGGCUGAUGGCGCUGCUGGCUCUAAGCUAACGAGAAGACAAAUAUUGAGUACAUGUACCAUGUAUAAUAACAAGAGAAUUGGUCACUAUUUGCAAAAACUGCCAUAGGCAUGGAAAGUUUUUUCUUUCUUUUUAUGUCUUAUCUGUUCUUAAGGUCAAUUUAUUGAAUCUCUCGUUGCACGCUCAACUGAGUGCUUAACAAUCCGGAAAAGUCUAAAAAAAAUUCCGUGCAGAUCAAUGAGGCAGUAGCCCGCGUAGGUGGCGGUAUGGUGUAGUAGUCGAGUGAGAAUUGGCAGCGAAGCCGUCAAGAGCGGCGUAAGCUACGAGAAACAGAAAUACCCACUCCCUUAAUCGCACACCGAGACAAUAUCGCCAGCUACGCAGGCUAAUGCGGCAGCAAUAUCGUAACAGAAAGAAGGAUGUCUUAAUAUGUCUCUAAUAUUAGUACCUAGUAUAUUUUUAUAUGUACUUGUUUGUAGUAUUUUAACCCUCGGACGUACACGCAAAUUCAUACCCCCCACCGUGGUACAAGGGGAUGGGGGUGGAAGGAACCCCUCGCCUGAGUUUUUAACAUGUUCAAGUUGCAGUAUUUUGAAACGAUUUUACCUUUAGUGGAAAGCCUUUGAUCUUCUUGACAAGAUCAGGUAUAUGUUUUGGGUGGUGGCGCUGCUGGAGGCCUGUGACGUCACCAAAAAUGGUCGCCAUCUUGGCCGCCAUCUUGGAUUUUACCAAGAAUGAGAAAUCAGGUUAAAACCGCGAGAAAUGGUAAUUUUUUGUGCUUUACAUGAAAAAUAACACACACUUAAGCACUUUGCAUGAUUCUACCCACAUGAUAUACUUUUAUGUACUUUUAGCAACUGACCAUCACUAAACUUGUCUCAAAAUCUGCGCAAGGGGUAAACGAACAGCUAUUGAAAACGUCAGGGGCUUAUGUUUUAUCCUCUAGGAAAAACCUCAGAAAAACCUUAUGGGGGGCAUCCACCCCCCUUGUAUGUCCGAGUAAAAAUUUUAUUCCAGCAUAUCUCUAUUUUCCUUGUAUUUAGUUGCAUUCGUGAUAGUGAUAGUUUAUCUCAGCCCUUUACCUCCUUUUCCCAACCUAGUGAUCGUGAAAUAAUCUGGGUUGCUGAUAAUGAUGAUGAUAAAGGUUGGUGCGACUGCACACAAGCGGUUUUUUUUUUCGGCACUCAGUCGUACCCAGCCAUUCUCUCUGUCGGUCGCGUGACGACACACAAUAAGUACGCAGUUGCUUAUAUAGGGGAUUCACUGUAUUCUUCACCUUCCGGAUUUUAAAAGGCGACUUUAAGAUCCAACGACCCGUCGGCAACGAGAACGUCGCUUUAAAAGUGAAUUUGCGCUCUUUCAGUCUUUAUCGUGAUUAUCUCUGCCCACGUACUUUGUCAAAUGUAGGCGAACCCUCCUGAAGUUGAACUCCAAGGGACCAUAUCCAAGUUCAAAGAGAGAAAAAAAUUUCGUCUUUGCUUGUUUACGUUGUCCAUAAAACUCGAAUUUCGGGAUUCUCACUUCGUAGUCGUGCAAAACGGACAAGAAAUGUACAAAACGUGUGGUGGACGUGUGUAAUUUUUUUUUUUUGGCUUAGUAAGCCCUUUUUAUGUCGUUCUCUUUGCCAUCGCGUUGUGGGACCCAGGGCCCAAAGUUAACUUUUUAGUGCACUUGCAAAGUUUUGCUUGUAAGAUUUUUUUCCACUCGCAAACUGGUGAGACCACCAGCAAAUUCUUUUCCUAUGAAAUGUCAAUGACCAUAUCUGAUAUCUGAUGUAAUGAAAAUGAUAGCUCCAAAACCACGAGGAACAACAGCAACACGCGAAUGCGAAUGUGUGGCACAGAGCCUCGUUGCAAUACCGCUGGCCAGUGGCUAACAAAAAACGUGCUCUUCUCAACUCAGCGACCGCUGUUUUAUUUGUCUCAGAUGUCGUCCACACAUUCCCUCUUGCGUUCGAACAGCUUUCUCCAAAUGUUUGGGAGACGUGGUUGAUUCUAACUCGCUAAAGUUUGCUAGUGGAUAUUUUUCUCACUCGCAGAUUACCAAAAUCACUCGCAUUUUGCGAGUUUGCGAGCGUUAAUUUCGAGCCUUGGGACCUUAAAGUCCCUAAAGGGGAAGACGGGAUAACUUUAAACCGUAAUUAGAUUCAUGAACAGGGUGUCUUUUGCAUUUGACUUCUGCAUCAGACAACUUCAACGAAUUAAACUGCUCCCAGAAAAAGCAUGUGUCGCAGGCUAUGUUGUCGGUACAUCCAUUUAGAGCGUUCGCUUGCCAGUAAUGCGUGGCCUUGGUUCAAGUCUCGGUGUUACAUCAAAUAUGGUUUCCGUUUGUCGGUUCUUGUCCUUUUCCUGAAAGGUUUUGCACCGAGAAUUCCGGUUUUCAUCUUUCCGCAAAAACCAACAUUUCCAAAUCCCGAAAUUCGGUGGUUGCUGAGCAACGUUUGACAGCUGUUAAAGUCUCGAGCCAGCCCGAAUAUUUCCUUUGUACCAUGAGCGUUUGAUCGGUGCAGUCAUUUGACUGUUCGGUCUCUCAAAUAUUCGCUUUGAUUAUUAAACUCCUUUCUUCAAAUCCCCACGCAUGCGCAGUAUCCUUUCUGUCCGUGGAGUGUCCUUAUGCAUUGAAACCUGAAUGGUGGAAAGCCCAAAAGACUCAGAGUAAUGCUUUUUAGGACUACGCUCACCUGCACGAUCAUGCUCGACAUGCUUAUGAAAUGACUCCCCCGUUCAAACCUUUCAGUGAACAUACAUGUAUGUAUGUUGUUGUCGUCAUCCUCUGACCCGGAUCCUCGGACAAUUUUUAUAAUAAUAUGUAUAAUGCUUAAUGUCACUUUCCCGCGACUUGAAAUACAGUCUCUUUUUAACAAUAGAGACCGUUAAAUUCUAAGAUGAGGAAGACGUUUUCUUAAUAUUAAGUAGCGAGCUCGUUAACCGGCGCCAUUUUGGCGGGAAAACGUAACAACUGUCAUCUUUUAGAAUGAGUUUUCGCAAGAUAUGUCGUAGUGACGGAGACAAGUCAUCAAAUCAGGUUAAAAGUUUUAUCACUUUCGAACGGGAGAGGGCUCAACCUCCUUCGUGAAUAGAAAUAACCGUGUUAACUUUCCUGGUGAAAACUGAGUAAAAUGAAGCUUUCCGGGAUAUCUAUUUGUCUGAGAGUACGCGAAAAAAAUCAAGUUUAAUCUUGUGUUCCUAGUAGUCUUCGUCCUCGAAUUUAAAGGUCUUUAAUAUUAACUUAAAACCGUUGAAUAUGUUGCCUUUUUCUUGCACUUAUUUUGUAUUCACAUUUGCAUUUUUUUUAUUUCUUCUCAUUCUUCUUUUUUUUUCAGAUAUGCUCAAUGCAAUGAACUCGAGCGCGGAUCCCUGUGAUGACUUCUACGAGUACGCAUGUGGGUCUUGGAUGAAAAAUAAUUAUAUUCCCGAGAGCAAGUCAUCUUGGAGUCAGUUUCGAGAGCUCUAUCAGAGAAACGAACUGGUAAUGAAAUCACUUAUUGUGGACAACAAGGAAACAAGAGAGAAAUACAAAGAUGUGAGUAGAUGAAAAUUGAUUCUUUGUUGUUGUUGUAUGUUUCUUUGACUUGUCUUUGUUUUAUGCACUAAGACUAUGGCCCCCGUUUUGAAAGUCCAUACUUAUUGCUUCGGGAAAGUAAAUAAAACACGACUUUUUGAGCCAUCCCAGUCGAAAAUUUCAGAAACAUGCACAUACGGAGUGUCUGAAAAGGUAGUCAUCUGUUGUCUUUCGGUGGGAUUGUUCCAAACAGGAAUUCGUAUUCUAUUUCUUGUAAUGUUGAAAUGUUUACAAAUGGUCAAUUGUAACAUGAAAUUUUUCACUCCUAGAAGAAAUGAGUGAGUCUUCUAAGGUAAAUCUAACGUUUGAGUCAGUCUUGGAGUCUGCAGAUGAAAUCUUUAGCAACCGUUUUUUCACUUGAACUAAUCUUUAGCAUUUUACAAAAUAGUCUCCUUCCUAGCCGUAAUUAGGGUCGUCACGCAACGCUCCUCCACACUAGUGGGGAGGAGCGUCGCGUGACGACCCUAAUAACGGCUGCGAAGGAGACUAUUUACAAAAAUGAAAUUAGAAAAUUUUGUUGAAUCUCGACCUUGGCUACUUCUCAAAGUGAAAGAUUCAAAAUUCGGCGGAAGGAAACGGUUUUGCGAGUGAAAAAAGAUGUCAUAUAAUCCAGUAGGCCAUUACAGGUUCCAGUGGGUCAGAGCUGGCUCACAAUCUAGUUGCCUGAGAGCAAGCUCUCACUGGGCUCCUGGGGGUACAAGAGUGGGGAGGUGAGAGUGGAAGGAGAGCUUGCACUCGCGUCUCAUAAAUUUGAAUAUCUGCGUCCCAGAAUGGCUGCAAAAUGCUGAUUGGCUGAUUUCCAUUUUCGCCCCGCCGCCCGAGCGCCUCGGAGAGCGUACAGUCUGGGAAACAGGCUAAUAGACAUAGACAUUUAGACAAACUCUGUCUACAGGUAGCUAUUAUGACACCUAAAGGAGUAUCAUGAGGUCGUCCGUAUAUAAGAUCUCUCCUUACAGAUAACCCACCCAGGCCAAUAAAGGUUGGCCACACCAACAGGGUCUACGUCCCCUCCUCUUUUUGAUCUUCUGUGUUGGUUCUUUUACGUCUAACAAGAAGCAGAUAAGUGAAAGUGCUGUGAGACCGGACCUACGGAUUUUCGCCCUUAUCCGAGAAAACUAGAAAAUCUGACCGUUUGCAGAUUUUAUUAAAAAUGCAGCACUUUCUUCUCAGUUAUUUAAAUACCCUGAGUGUUGGUCCGGCCGGGGGUUUGAACCUGCGACCUCCUGCUCAGCAGACCGGCACUCUCCCUUCUGAGAUAACCGGGAGGCGGUUAAAAAAUCUACUUGAUUAUUUCAUACUUUUAGAACGAAGCAAUCAUGAAAGGUUUCGACAUGUUCGAUUCCUGCAUGGACGAGGAAACAAUUGAAAAACUCGAUGCUACUCCCCUGCUUGAACUUAUCAAAGAGUACGGAUCAUGGAACGUUACCGACGGAAACUGGACGGAAGAUUCGUGGGAUUUCAUGGACACAUUCGUUAAAAUUCAAAAGUACCUGUCAAUAGCACCUCUUUUCAACAUGUACGUGUCAGCGGAUCUAAAAGACUCUACUAAAAAUAUAAUUGUGGUAAGUUAUCCUAGCUUAUCUUGGUAGUUCGUGCAAACGGACCCAAUAACUCCCAACAUUGUUGGGACUUGUUGCGUCCGUUUGCACAUAGCUAAAUGUUUAACCGGUUUCAAACUUUGCGCAACAACUACCAAUAACACGCAACAACAUGCAAAAGGGUGUGCGAACGGACGCAACAUAACAUCCAACAAUGUUGGGAGUUGUUGGCCAACAAUGUCGCGUAACAAAUGAAAUGCCGUGUCACGGUGUCGAACCUAACUGAUUAAUUACUACGGGUUGAAAAUGGAAACAGGGGUCUUUUUUGCAUGAGCAUGCGCGACCGCUGAACAAGCAAUGUGCAUGGAGGCUCACCACAGGUUUUGCCUUCAUCAAAAUGGCGCGUCUCAAAGCUAUCAUAGCGAUUAUUUUGCUCGUUGGUCUAGGCGAAUGUGCUCGUGAUUUAACAAAAUGUGUAGUUUGCAAAAAAAACGCUAACAUGGACUUAACAAAAGCGAAGUAGACCGGCUUUAACAUACACGAGCUACUAUCAAAUUUCAUCUCCCCACUUGACCUGGACAACAGCGCGCGUAUAUGUAGUGCCUGGAGGAGUGCGCUGACCUCAUCAAAGUCUAAACAAAGUGCAGAAACGUUUGUUGAUGCAAGUAAACACUUUCAAUUUUCUUUGUUUUUAAAUGGGAAAGGAAGAGAAAUAUCAAAAAAAAAAAACAUUGCAAAUUUCAGCGAGUGGGUUCGAAGUGCGCGAAAGCCGAUGUUCAGUUCAGCAGUGAAUUAAUAUAUGUUCUACAAUUUUCCCAGCACUUUAAAGCUACAAAAUUAAGAGCACACGAGACGUAGAUUAGUCACCUGGUGAGAUGUUGGUGGUAGUCACUCUGUAUGUCUCGAACAAUAAAAAAAAUGAAUAUCAAUGAGACACAGUCAAAACUGCAUUCAGUUGGACCGAAAUUAAAGUCCAAUCUUGUGACCGAUUUUGAUGAAACAAACGGUUAGGUUUCCCAAGAAGUACAGUAAACAUGUGAUGCCGACCAAAAGAAAAAUCCAAACAUUUAAGUUCUGGCCAAAAAAUUCCUGUAAAAGAUGCGUUUAGAACAUUUAAGUUCUGGCCAAAAAACCAGUUCCAAUCAGAAGCCGCCGUUCUGGCGACCGUUGGUGCUGGUCUGGUAAGACAUUCCUUUUCCGCCUGUAAAAUCUGAUGCGUUACAAUGUUAGUCCACGCCAAAACAAGAAGUUCUACAAUUUCCCUAUAAACAAACUUUGUAUCGCUAAAAUACUUAAGGCAAAAACUUUCUAUUCCAACUGAAAACGGCGUGGUAGUCGCCCGCUGAUCGUUAUUAAUCCACUCCCGAAAUAUGGCUAAAUCAGCCAUUAACAAAUUAUUGACAGAAAUCCUCUACGGCACCGAGAAACUGAUUUACAUCCGAUUUAUAGACAUAAGAGCUUUUAUUUAGAUCCUAUUAUAGAUAAACACUAAAUAAAGAACAUUUUGCUCAAUAGCUACGCAUCAGCAAUGCAUUCUAUGCCAAACUUUGCGGUCCUUAAAGUGGAAUCAAGACACGAGUCGAGCGCUAAACAACAACAAGCAGCCAUGUUCGUGUCAGACAUCCUUGAGAAACUUGCUCUUUCACCUCGUUCAGUGCAUCAGUCUCUACUUUAGCCAACAGAUCUUUACUUAUUUUGUACAACGAAGGUCUUUCCUAAGUUCCUGCUACCAUUUCAAUCUCAAGCAAGCUUUCAAAGUGAACAAUUUGGUUCCUAUGACUAUGCAGCACGGUCGCUGUCACUGGUCGCGUGCUCUUUGACAAGUCAGCGGUCGCCCAUGCUCAUGCAAAAAAGACCCUGUUGAAAAUGGAUGGAUAGAUACAAAUUCAAUGUGCAUAUUAUGUAAAUAGUUCCUACUCAUGGUUUCACCACCAAGCUUCGUUUUGAAACUGUAAAUUUGCGAAGUUUUUCAUGAAUAAAUCCCCAAGGCACACGUGUUGGAAGGAAUACCCAUUCGCAAAGAGUGCAUGUGCAAACAAGGCUUGGUGGUGAAAUUUGCUCGUCUGAUGUAAACAUGCAUAUUAUAAGGGUUAUGGAAAAUUUGAUGGCUAGCUGCGCAGCUCGUUCCAAGAUCCUCCUUGAAAAGCGAAGCUAAACUUGCCUAUUAAAGAGAUUAUGGUAUUUUCCCGAAACACUGGAAAAAAUUAGAUUUUGUAUUGAUUUAUUAUUUUGUUGAAGCUAAAGGAUUAAUAGACUUUUGCAAAAUUAGGACUUGAUUCCUCAGCUCACUUUCCGUUAAUGCCAUACAACACUUUGAACAAUCGUUCCUUUGCUUGGGGUGUACCAAAAAUGGUUUUGAAACUAUUUUUUAUAUAUAUAGCAGUUGUUAUUGACUGAUUGAUUGAUUGAUUGAUUGAUUUUUUUUUCAGCUUGACCAGUCUGGAAUCGGUAUUUCCCCCGAAGCUUUUCUAAAGAACAGUUCUUAUCACAGAAAGGUAGAUGAGUAUGAACACUGGCCUAAUUUUUUGUUGUAGGCUGUACUUGGAAAUAAAUGGCGACAUUGGGGUAGGAUUGAAUGAGAGGUGGUCUCCUACUCCUUCAUAGUCUUCGUUGGAAUUCGCGCGGAAAAGCCAUGAAUAAUGUAAAGCCGACGGAGGUGGAUAGUAUUUCUGCGAGCAUAGAGCGUUAUUACUCACGUGGCCCGCAUCAUUGCAAAUUUAUUGCAACAUAAAAAGUGACUGCAUGAUAAAAGAGUUCAACUCCCACAGGAUUUCUUUGGAACACCAACAUAGUCCGCUGUUUCAUUGUUUUGGAACACCAAUAUGGCCGCCGUGACCUCAUGUGAAAGCGCUCUAUUAUGAUAUUUGCCUAUUUAAAGAAAAUUCUUUAUGGUCGUGAAUUAGAAGUUCGGCUUGAUAGAAUAUCCUGGAAUCGUAUUUCUAAAGUAAUACUCCCACCUAUCCUUGCUUUUUGCGAGCGUGAAAAGAGAGAGAUUUAGACUCACGUUGCACCAGAAGGUAAACGUGAACUUGUAUCACGUGAUUAGGCUUUCCAUUAGUUAUUGUUUGCUGUGCAUUACAUUUACACAAGAAAAAAUAUUUUUGUGUCAGCUUCACCCAUUAAAUUUAGGGUGGAGAUUUUAAUCUGCUCUUUUCAUAAUUUGAGAAGUUCUCAACUUGAAUCAGAUGUUUUCCUUUUCUUUUAAAGGCGCUUCUAAAUCUUUCUUACAAGAAGCUCGUGGCAUAUUUUAUUUUACUUUUGUAGGUCCGCAAGGCGUACAAAAAAUUCAUGGUAGAUCUUGUUAAACUGCUCGGUGAUGUUCCAAACGCGGAGGCCAUGAUGAUGGAGAUUUACGAUUUUGAAGAAACACUAGCAAAGGUAAGUCGAACUUACUUUCUGGCUCUGAUAUUUUGGAUGCAUUUUCAAAUUCAGGUGCACGAUACACUGAACCCACGAAAUGAACUAUUUAACAAUUAUUCCUCGAGCCCAAAUGGGCUCUGAGUCAAUGGCCUCAUUGAAUCAGAGGCCAUGAAGGCAAGAGGAAUAAUUGUUUUUGUAAAAUCCAACUAGUUGGCCAAAAAUAUCGAGAAUAAAAAAACUUUUACCUAGUUAAAGCUAGACUUUAAUCCUUUUUUGCCGCCAAAAAGCCCGCGCUUUUCGCUACUAGUGGGCUAUAAACAUUUAUUAAAAACUGAAUCAUUGGAUAAUGCAAUUCUAGCAUUUUGAUUGGCUUAGCCGUUAUGGUAUAUGAGCUAUUAUACCAUGCUCUCCAUAUAUGGUUGGUGUACGCGUCAGUUUAAACUUGAAGGUAGCUGAGAUUUUUUUUCGCGGAGGAUAGAACGGCGCCCGAAGCAAAGUUCAUUUCUUAGAAUACUAGAAAUGCAAUUUCAUCGAAAGAAAAAAGACAAAAACAAACAAAAAAGCCACAAGAGCUUGUUUGAAAGUUUGUCGAAAAACACAUGAAAACACAUGGAACUAAAGUAUCUUGACCAGCUACGAAAGAAGACAAGUGUUGUUUCUUCAUCGCGAAGCCAUUCGCCGAUCGAGUCACUCGCCGAUAGAUAACUGCGGCUUGUUUAUCCUACAUCAAGAAUAUAAAUCACAAGUAACCAGCUACAAAUACAGGCUAUGCAGCCAUUCACUAGAGCAAUCGAGGCGGCAGUAUAGCUUCUUUUCUCGUUCAGCAAAACCAGCUUGUGGCUUCAAACAACUUCAUAACAAGCGACCGAGGUAAUAGUUUUUCUCCGUUGUUCUUACUUUUAUAACUGCACUGAAAAUCCCAAUUCACAGUAAUUUCCACGGCUGUCACUUAAAAAUUCUUUUCCUUCACAUUAUCUGCCAGCUUUUUUUUAGCUGUUCUGCUGUGUAAAAUCCUAGAAUCCCGAUGAGUUUUUAAUGUUCAUCGCUAUAAUGUUUUGAUUUUUCAUUCAUGCAGUCCAGGAGAGUUUGUUCGUGCGUUGACAGUUUUGAUAGACGUGUGACAUGUGAAUAGCGGAAGUCUCUUGUCUUUUCCGGUUUGUUCUAGUCGGGGAGAUUCAACGAGAUUUUGUGGGCGUUUUUAAUAAAACAAUUAUUCCACUCGCGCUUGUUGGAUAUGAGAUGAUUAUAGCCAACUCGGCGCUACGCGCCUCGUUGGCUAUCUAUCAUUUCAUAUCCAACGCGCCCUCGUGGAAUAAUUGUUAAAUAGCCUAGUAGUAGCUCAACAAUCAGAACGCAGCAUUGAUAAUAGUCCACUUGUUGGAUUUUACUAAAACGUCUUUAGUUGCGGUUUACUAAGUAUACAUUCGUGUCUCAUAUAUUUUGUCGAGCACGAGCCAUGAACCUUUAUCCUUCUGAGUCAAUUCUUAGCCCCGAUGAGGCCGAAGGUCCAAUGGGCUAUUGACUCAGAGGCCAUGAGGGCGAGAGGAAUCGUCUACACUGCAUCGUUGAUUACUAUUCUCAAGUUGUCUUUCUGAAGCAUGAGAUACUUAAAUUUUGAACCCCAAUAGGUUUAUUGUCUUAAAGGAUAGCUAAAAAUGUUAAAUUAAAAGCAAGCCGUGAAUGGGGGUGGGUCAAGAAUUUCCGUGAUGUGAGAGGAACAUCAGCAUGGUUCAUGCUCGGUCAGCGGUAUCUACCAACAGUCAAGACACUUUUUCUCAUAACUGCUAUAACCAGGUACCUAUCAUAGGCUCCUGCUUUAACUUAGUUAAACUCGUCAUUUUUCCGAGAUAAAAAAGAAGCAAGGUUUUCAAUGUGGAUUGAAUAAUUGAAAUGGAAAGCACCUGAAUCUCCCUAGGGCGUAUUGAAACCGUAAAACCGUUAAAAAGAAAUCGGGUAACCAUAUUUUCCACCUUCGAGUUGUAAUCUCUUCUAAUUGAUUUACCUGUUACUUUCCUCUACAGAACUUUAUCCCCCGUGAACAACGUCGAGAUACAAACAAACUUUACAAGAAGAUGACACUUAACGAGUACAUCAAGUCCUCUGAUCUAGAAGUAAGUGUCUCAGGCGACAUGUUAGAGACCUUUAUAAGCAACAACGACGACGACGGCUACGAAAACGUCACUCAAAAAGUGAAUUUAUUGCUGAUUCAAAUUUUAUCGCGCUUAUUCUAUCUUGUUUACUUUGUCAAAUUUUGGCAAAUGUUUUUGGAGUUGAAUUCUAAAGGAGUGUAACAAAGUUCAGGAAACGAAAAAGAGGGUUGUUGUCUUGUGUUCAUGUCCUCUACAAAACGUGAAUUUAGGCACUUUCACCUUGUCGUGCAACGACGACACAAAAUGUACAAAAAAGCGUGAUGCACGUGGAAAGUUGUUGUUUUUGCUAAUCUAAACCUAUUACGUUUUUGCCGUUCUCGUUGCCGUCGCCGUCGUCAUUGCUUAAGCUCCCUAGUAACGUCCCGGCGGCGGGGAGGGGCACUCAACAAAGUUUUGUAUGAGGAGCUCCCCCCAUGUCCAAACCCCUUACCCUUUUAGUAAACACUAUUUUGAACAGGAAAGUUACCUCUUUAGGCGCUCAUCCAAAUGUCAGGUAGCAUAUUAAAAGCUUUUAAGCAAGGUACCAAGCUUUUUGAGAAAAAUCCACUUUUCUGCAUAAAACAACCAAAUCUGGCCAUUUAGUGUAAAAUCAUUUGAGAAAAUCGGCCAAAGGCGAUUUUUAGGUCAUUUUUUUUUUUUAAAAGCUUAUAGAAUUUAUUACAGUGGAAAUCCGCCUUACGGCCACCUCGGUAAUACAGUCACCUCCUUAUUACGGCCACUUUUUUUGGCCGCCGGCGGCAAAAACAACCAUACAUUUUCUUGUUAAGAAACCCUCGUCGAACCCUGGACCUCCUACGAAGUGCUUGUCCAACCCGACGAUUUGGACCUCGCACUCUGUAAUCUUCGUUGAAUAAAUGAAUAUUUCUUGCCUUGUAGAUUGACUUACUGGAUUUUAUGAAGAAAAUGUUUAACCAAACUGGUUAUAAUAUAACAGGGGAGGAAAAGGUGGUUUCAUAUGCGCUGGAUUAUGUCAAGAAUAUGUCUCUUAUUUUUAACAGAACAAGUAAAAGGUAAUACAUAUAUACAUUUGUUGUUGAAACAUAUGUAAUUAAAAAACAAAACAAUAGAGAAGGUUAUAGAGCCAUGUUUAUAGCCUGCAUAGCUGGCGGAAUCGUUUUUGUGCGUGUGAAAGUUUUGGCGGCGAAGCUGCCAUAUAUUCUUACGCUUUGCAGGGCGAAGAAACAUGGAUAAUAGAAAGACUCUAUUAUCCAUACGAGCUAAAAAGCAAACACCGAAGGAACGGAUUCAAGAAUUUCAGAGCGUCUCCUUUCCAAUCAGUUCAAUAACCAGAAUAUAACACCAUCAACUGACGUGAUACAACUCACUUUGACUCUCAGAAGAUGACUACCGCGCAGGUUGUCGAAACGUCAGUCACUGUCAACAACAACAGUCCUAUUCAGGACUACUUUCACUCGGACGGUCAAACUCGACCUACUUUUGAAACGACUCCUGGGUUCAAACCUUUCACUAAACAUGCUUUGUUGCACCGGCGCAAGUUAUGAAGUCAAACUGUCUUAUUGAGCAUAGACAAGAGAGCAUCCUGUCUUGGCACAGACAAUUCCUUGUAUUGCAGUCCCCACCUGAAGGAAGGCUUUCUGAAGCCUGCACGACAACGCUGAAUGCUGUACGAAAGGGGAACAGAGAAUCUGCCCUGCUCGCCAAAAGAGUUUGGCACAACUUAACGUGCAUAGCUUCGUUCUUCUCUGCAUUCCCUCUCUGACGACAUCAUUAUCAACAGAGCAUUCCUAGAACGCCAGAAGGCGUUUUGCCGAAUAGUCAAAGGAGAAGCCGAUCGGUUACAACGAAAUCAACGUAUUUCUAACGAGGAAGUACUCGCAUGCGAGCCGAAGGCCAAGUUCAGAGAGUGCGCCUUACGGCAGUGAACGUAUACUGCUUGUGGUGUACGUUGCUUGAUUAUAUCACGUGCACAGUCUUGUGACGCCUGUCUAUAGACUUUGAAAGUAGAAGUACAGUGUAGGAGUACUGCAGGGCCCUUUCUUGAGGAGCCGCAUACCAUCGAUGACACUCUCGGCAAACGUUUUUGGAAUAUGAAAACAUACAAAAAAAUAUUGUCUUUUUUCAAUCUGGCCGUUCGAAAAAUAGUUCACCCCAAAAUCUUUUAAGCCCGUGCUUAACUGGCUUACAGUCAGAUAAGCCCCUGGGAUUGUAAAUCUCUCUAACAUUUGCUCGAUGUAUCGCAGUGUAUCGGUGGCAGGCGAAACUUUGAUAAUUAAACAACGAUCACAUGAGUUUUACUGGGAAGAAUAAAAAAUAUUAUACUACAUAACUGUAUUACGAAUGUCUAUAGGUAUCCACACCCUUUGUGAUCACUUUCUAUCCAUGUUUUGUUCAUAGAAUAAUCGCCAACUACAUGAUGUGGAAAGUUGUUGUACGUUUCGCUUCGUCCUUAAGCCUCAAGUUUCGAGACGUUUACCAGGAGUACAGUAAAUCUCUUAGCGGGGUCGCCGGGGAAGAUCCCCGCUGGCAGGAUUGCCUUGGUAUGGUAGAUGGAUCAUUCGGGAUGCCGUUCGGUUUGCUGUUUGUGAACAAAGCCUUUGAGGGAGAAAGCAAGAAAUCGGUAGGAACUGAGUGUUACUCUCCUGGUGUUGGAGAUCAGAUGGUUGAAGGCUUUAUUGACAAAAUGACGUAAUUUGACGUCAUUAUGGCGUCAUAUUGUUGAAUUUAUAUCAUUGACAGAAUCCAAAUUCUAUCAAUUUUUCUCCUCAAAUCGAAAAGCAAACUUAAUAGUAAGGUGUCUGGCAAAAUUGAGAAGUUGGCUUACACAUUAAUCAUCUUUAACAGUUCCCUACUCAAGAAACUCUAAAGAGAAUGGAUACAAGCUUUGGGUGCAGUGUAGCCUGUUCCAGGCUCCAAGAUAGUGGUGAAAAGUUGUUCAGUAAAAAGGUGUAAAAAGGAAAUGCGAAAAACGCGUGGGGGCUGGGGAGAGCGCCCCCUUUCCCAAGUCGCACCCGUCUUAUUUUCGCUCUGCUCGUUUUAACCUAUUAAGCCCCAAUAGUGACCAACAUAAGAUUUCUCCUAACAUUACCCAUACAUUUUCAGGAGAUAAGGUUAUGAGAAUUAAUAUAAUGAUCACCAAAGAGAAAAUGCCUUGAUCUUUCAUUAAGAUCUCUCAACUAAUUCUUAAAGGAAAUGUACGUAGAUCACUUUGGAGAAUUUGUACCUAUAUAUUAGGGCUUAAAAGGUUAAUACGUCCCCACUGCACUACCUGGGAGCCUGACACAGGCUAGGUGCAGUGAUUCCUAGGAUCGUUUUGGUGGACAAGCAUCAGUUAUGAUUGGUCGAUGGUAUUCAAGGCAACCAUUAACCAAUCAUAAGUAACGUUUGUCCACCCAAACGAUGCCGGAAAUAGUCAACCUCACUCGUUCCCAGGGUCCUCUCCUACUCAGCCCACGGGGCCGAAUAGGAGAGGGAAAUCCUGGGAACGAGGUUGAGAAAGAGUUACGCCGAAAGCUUGUACCCAUUCCCCUUAUAGCUUCUGGAGUGGGGAAUAACAGUGAUGUCAUUAGGACUUCAUUUACAAUUAAAGAAGAAGCUUUAACCAUCCGUCAUCUUGGAUCUGCCGUUCUAGAUGAAUUAAAUGUACUCAAUUUUUCUCAAAACCAAUGUGAAUCAAGGUCAUCGUGAUAGAAAAAUUAAUCUGUGCAUAAAAUCUACAUGUUGUGUUAUACCGAGAGAAACUUAACACUGUUGGAAACUGCCUAGUAUUGAAAUGCAAUAAUUCAAUAAGUAAAAGCAGAAAAAAAAUCCUUUUUUGUAGGGAAAAAAGCAAGUUUUGAAAAACACGGCUGUGAAAACUCGGUAACAUCGAUGUUGACGUACACGUGUCCACGACUUUAAAAUAUUACCAGAUAAUUUUAAGGAGAAGUAUUUUGAUGGCCCUACUGUUAAACCCACGGCUUUGAAGUCACUGAACUUUAUAGCCAUAUAGGGUUAACUUUAACUUUAUAGGUUUAAUUUGCUUGGGGGACUGUGGACAAGCCUGUCCUUGCUUACCCUGCGGGAAGAGGUUACUCUCUUGCAUGGCUUUUAGCGUUUGGUAAGUCGUUCACGUCACGUUCACGUCGCGUAGUUGGUUUCCUUUAUACGCCUCGGGAGUUUUUAUUCCCUGGAUCCGCCACUAGUGUAGAACAAUAAAAAGAUAAGCAGUUCAUAUCAGUAGUUCACUGUUCAUGUGUGCUGUCUAACGAGUACGGUAUUCUCAGUUUCUAGUUUUUUCGCAAUGAUAUUUCUUCGUAUCCACUUUCUCUUGUCUGUAGGCUGAAGAGAUGAUCCAUGAUAUUAGACAGGUUUUCCUUGCUAAUCUGGAUAAACUGGAAUGGAUGGAUGACGCCACAAAGGAGAAAGCAAGAGAAAAGGUUCUGUGCACGGGCAAUAAGGCGUUCAGUUUUAAACAGCAAAGUUCUUAAUUGGUAUUCCAUCAAAAAGCUGGAGGAAAACCGCGGCAAAUUCUACCUUUAGUUUCAGUUUUUCCUUUGGCCCUUUAUCAUUAUCAUCAUCAUUAUUAUUAUCAUCAUCAUCAUCACUUAUCAUUACCGAUAUUAUGCUUAGUGUGUGCUUGAAAACUAUUGUAAUUUUCUUCCUGCAUGUUUGAUUGUUCGUUUAUGUCCCUUUUACGGUUGUAUUUUACUUAGAACACUGUCAGUUUAUAGUUAUUUUUUCUUUUCUUUUUUUUUUCAGGCUAAAGCAAUACGUGAAAAUAUCGGCUAUCCAGAGUACCUGAAAAACAGUUCUGCAAUGAGCGAGAUGUUUAAGGGAGUAAGUUUCCGUCUUUUGACGAUUUCUGUUUUUUGGGCCGUUAAUACGAGAAUUUUUUUAUUUUAUUGCGUGACGUAUUGCCACAUAUUUUUUUAAUUACAAGCAAUUUACAAAGGCGCAUUUUUAGAAAGGCUGCUACAUACAUUACCACUUUGCAUAAAAUCGCAGCAAAAAUCAACACCCUUGACGGGAAAAAAACCCGCCCUGGAUCGCAUUGCCAAGGUCGUGCAACGUGGAACGCAACAAAAUUCAUCUUCGCGAUUACAUGCAUGACAACUGAGUUAGGCCCCGUUAAUAUUGAGAAAUCGUACCCGGGUUAACCUGCGAUCAGGCGAUUUAAAAAAAAAAUCGUCUGAUCGCAGGUUAACCCCGGGUAAAAGGGUUAGUCUCCCAGCCGAACUUAAGCGAGCGUUUAUAUGAGAAAAGUUGCUGACCCCUUUACUAGAGCCAACAUCAUGCUUUGGUUGUCUCGCCUUUACCGAAUUUACUCACCUGGGCGAGCCACAAAGUGUUUAUAUGAGAAAAGUUGGCCCGGCCGUCGAAGGGUUUCCCUACCAUCACCCAGUUUAAACAGCCGACUUUAACAACAAUUUGUUGUUUUUUGCAACAGUUCAUGCACUACUUCCACUUCCUAUCGAAACGACCGUAUUUCUGGAAAAAAAAGUAAUAAUAAACGUUGUACUAUUCAUGAGACGAACCAAACUUAGUGAGCUGAGUUCAUGAAAAGUUCCACGUCUAGCUCAGUUAAGUUCGUUUGAAUGAGUUUGUAUCGUCCAACACGUUCUAACAGUCUGCUCCAGACCGUGGAUAGAACGUCUGAAGAUCUUCUCCGGGACAAUCUUCACGUACGACGAACUAAACUGAUAAUUUUUUUACUUGUAUGGUAAUCUAUAUUUAGCCUCGUUCGGGAGAAAAUUUAUCACUAAUCUGAUUCAGUUGAUUAGUUCGACGCGUCUAAAGUUCGACGUCUGACCUAACAGACGAUCUUAAGUUAAUUUAGGUCGACGCAAAUUAGAGUUUGGUUCUUCGUCUCACGAAAAGUUCGACGUUUGGCGUAGGUUUUAGAAUCCUUUAUAUAUUACUAUGUUUAAUGCUUUCCUCUUUGUUUCGUUUACUUAACAGUUUACAGUCGAUAAAGGCAAGUAUUUCAGCAACGUCCUGCAAUCACAUACAUAUUUUAACUUGAAGAACUACGCCAAGCUUGGAAAGCCUGUGAACAAAGACAGGUGAGAGUCUCCUGGUCCCAGUCAAAUCUCUCUCUCGCCUUCUCCGUCCCUACACCGGUUGAAUGCCCGAGAAUAUCAGGAGUUUAACUGGACGUUGUCCGGGACCUCUCGAUCCUACAAAGAAAACUUGACUGACACGUGGACUUCGCGCCCUUUUAAACUUUUUUGAGAUUAUAAAAUUAGUUUAGUCUUUUAAACGUCUGGAAGUUACUGGGUGGACGCAGAGAGAGAGAGGACCGAGUCCAAGCUCAUGUAGGUAGAGCAAUAAAAAUUAUCGCCUUGCCGCACAUUUACGUUUUCAAGGAAACUUAAACUUUGGUCAUUUUAUGUCGUUGUUACGCAGGAGAUGACAAUGAAAUUUACAAAAAAGCUUGAAGCACGUGUAGAGUUGGUGUUUUACUUCCUUUUUUAACUCGUUUACUCGUUUAUUUGUUUUUCGAUUUUUUUUAUUUGUUGCUAGAUGGGGCAUGACUCCUCCGACAGUGAAUGCUUAUUACUCAUCAAUAGAAAACAAAAUCGGUAAGUACAGCGUAAGGGUAACUGUAGUGCAGUGCUUGUACUUGUCCGCAGGCUAUAGAAUGGGUAAUUUUGCUUUUUUUAAAAAAGAGGAAACUACCGUUUUCUCUAAGACAGUCAUAAAUGGACUCUUCUUCUCUUUCCAGCUUUUCCCGCUGGUAUACUUCAGAGGCCUUUCUAUGAUCAACAGUUCCCCAAGUAAGUCAUUAGACCUUUAACUGUUAUUAUUGGAAGUUCAGAGUAGCAAAUAAUAGUCGGUUACUUGACAAUCUCUGAUUAAAAUUUGGCCCAUAUUCGACAAAAUCCUUCAUGUAAGAUAAGUUAAGAUAAUCCAAGACACUCCUGGAUUCUGUACUCCACGCUGUAGAUUUCAGAUUCCAGGUAAUGGACUCCAGAUUCAUUGUCAGUGGAACUGGGAUUUUUACUGGGAUUCCGGAUUCCCAUCGUUAGCGGGAAUCUGGAUAAGUAGACCUGAAUUCCAGUAGAUUUCAGAAACAAAAAUUUCCCGCAUUGCGGCACAAGGAUAACCGAGCACAAGCGCCAAAUUUAACUUUAAAUCUGGAAGCUAAUAAAUGAAAUUCUGUUUGGGAUUCACUUCCGUUUAAAUUUUGAUGUUUAAACGAGGAAGUCAAAAUUAACGGAAAAAACGCUUUUCAACAAAAGAAACAGGAAAGCGAAUUGAAAUUUAACCCCGGGUUAGCAGUAAUCGACCUUAAACAACCACAGGGCCUUGUUUGUUUAGUAUUUGAGAAAUCAUAGCAUGGUUUGUGGAAUAAAACAGUUAGGUGGUUGACAUAGGUUCUCCGUAGAAACAAACAUAAUUUGCAGACAAGUAGCCUGAGAACACAGCCGACAUUUUGCGACGCGACCACUGGUUUCCCUGCGAAAAGACGUCCGAGAUACGAGCCCAGACACUCCAUACUGAUGACGCGUUACUUGCCAGGUCUAGGUAGUGCUUCUGAUUGGCUGAAAAUUAGCAUCAACCAAUCAGAAGCACUACCCAGAUCUGGGUAGUGACACGUCAUCGGUAUGGAACUUCUGCGCUCGUUUCUCAGAUGUUAUUUCCCAGAUGGACCAUUGGUGCCGUCGCAAACUGUCGGCUGUUUUCUCAGGCUAGCAGACUGAGGAAAUGUUUCAAACAUCGUUCAAUGGGAAACGAAAAGGGUUUCUCUUAGUACGUUGUUGUACCUCAAAAGCUUCCAUUGGAAGGUUCCAUUUCGUCGUUCAAAGAAGCCGUACACGGACGAUUAUGAAAGGACAAAAAAAUGUGAAGUUUUUUUUUUCUUUUAAGUUAAGUUUAUAUCGAUGAUUUUGCUUUCCAAAGAACCAAAUUCAAAACAAAAGAAACUACCAAGUUUUAUCACCUACAGUGGAACCUCAAUAUAACGAAGGGCCAAGGGACUGGCAAACUUUGUUCGCUAUAACGAGGUUUCGUUACAUCGAGGUUCUUUUUCAUGUAUUUUGCUAUUACUGGGGUAAAGACAAUCGUUCGUUAUACUGAGGACUUUAUAUGGAGGUUCGUUAUAUCGAGGUUUCACUGUAAAAAAAGAUCGAGGAACGAAUGGUACCAUUAAACAGUACUGCCAAAGAGGUCUAACCGGAAUGCUACACCAGAGCAGCUGGUACAUAGGGUCAAAACGUUUUAUGCCGGACACCAUGCCCUCAUUCGGUCCGCGGAGAAUAAACUGCUUUCUGCCACCUAAUGGUGAAAGGAAUUUCACUCCGAGCAUAUAUGUACGUUUCACCGCAGGGACACUUUACCACCUGUGAAGUCAUUCUUUAACACAGCAACCAACUGAAAAAAUAUUGAAAGAAGGUGUGAUCACCCUCAGCCAUGGAAGUCUGAAGAUAAUACAUUAGACGAUGUAAAGGGCUAAGAUUUUAUUUUCUUGCUGAUUUGUCAUGGGGUUGUUCGGCUUAUUUUUAGGGCUCUAAACUAUGGAGGAAUUGGUAUGGUGGUAGGACAUGAAAUUACCCAUGGCUUUGAUGAUAAUGGUACGUAUAGAUAAUCUUGCUAUGGAUAGCUUCACAACCUAGUACGAACGUUAGUAAGACUCUUGAAGUUAAAUAAUAAACGAAAGGGCUGCUGUAUCCCAGUAAACAGGAGGCUCCUGGAGGAAAUGUAUGAAAAGCUGGCUCGCCCAGGAUCAGACUCGUACCCGGUCGGUAUUUAUGUGUUUUUGGAGUGAGAGAAGAUUAGGGUAAGGUGGAGGCGCGCGGAGACUCAAGAGAAGGGACGUCCCCUCCCAUUAGUCCCCGCGGACCUCAACCUAACCCCAAUCUUCUCUCACCCCAAUAGCGACUGGCAUGGGUACGAGUCUGGUCAUGGUAACUCGGGUAUGUGGGUGAUACUUCCAUCACCUUUUCUCUAUACAAGCGGGCGCCAACCUCUUACUAUUUUGUGUUUUUGUCGCCGUCGUCGUUGCUUAAAGGGAACCUCCACUUCAACAAAAAGAUAACUUUAAAUCACAGGAAAUAACUGUUACAGUCAAGUCAAUCUAAAAUAUUUUUAAAGAAAGCGUUUGUAUCCGAAAGAAAUAACUUUUAGAUUCGCCUAUUUUUGUUUUCAAAUUUUGCGGGCGUCGCCAUCUUGAAUAAUUGUGACGUGUAAUGGUUGCCCUAUUGUUAUUAAACAAAAGCUCUUUGUGUCAGAACAAUAGAGCAACCGUAACACGUCACAAUUAUUCAGAAUGGCGGCGCCCGCGAAAUUUAAAAGUGAAAAUAAGCGAUUUUAAAAUUCACUUUUCCUGAUAUAAACACUGUUUUUAAGACAAAUUUCGAACAAAUUUGUUUAUCAACAUAAUUUUAUUCGAUUUAAACUUAUUCUGUAAUGAGAGUGGAGGUUUUUUUAAGCUCGCCCUAAUUUCAUAGCUGGUGCUCGUUGAAAAUUAAGUUCAUUCUCAACUGUCAGUUCGAGCAACAGAAAAGUAACUUACCAUGAUUGAUUGAAUCCAAUAGGUCGUCUGUUUAACAAAGAUGGCAACUUGGUAAAAUGGUGGUCUAACAAGUCUAUUGAAGCUUUCAAGAAGAAAACAAAAUGUUUAAAAGAUCAAUAUUCUAGUUACGAAUUUGAAGGAAAGAAGGUCAGUGCCAGCGACGAGCGAAAACCUAAACAACAAAGUGUCCCUUUGUUUUGUUUGUUUUGUUUUUCUUGUUUACUAGUUUGUCUUUUCGGAAAUGAUUAUUUUCCAAAGGGGGACAUAGCGAAAACGCGCUAGUAUACUUUUGAAUGUUGUUGUUUUUCUAAUUUGUAAUGCAUGGCCCCUGGUCGUUCCCCUAGUACACCUCAUGUUUGCCAGACACCUUGAACGAUUAUAUUUAGGAACCGUCGAAUCAAAACUUAUCAAAGGAAAGACCAGUCUUUCAUUGAAAAUAUUUUGGUUUCAACAGUAGGAAAGGGGUUAUAUUUAGCCGUCAGACGUCUGGUUGACCGUCGUCUUAUUUCUGUAUGUAUGUAAUUGUUUAUUAUUAUUAUUAUUAUUAUGUCGCAGUAUGAAACUUUGGAAUGCUGUCCACAUUAUGAGUAGUAUAGGGCGCAUAGCGUAACCUACACCACUUAAGAAGCUAUACUUAGAAGUAAAAAAAGGUCGAUACGAAACCUAAUACGAUCCUAAAAUACAUAGUGAUAUGAAUCUCUCUACUUAAAAAGCCAAUUUAGAAUAUUAAAUAUUAAAUUCUGAUACUCUGUAAAACCUUCUCUACUAAAAGCUUAUUUAUAAUAAUAUCAAACUCUAAUGUUCUAAAAAAUCUAAGUAAAAACGACAGCUAGCCUGCGAAAACAUCCGUUUCUCCUCGCUCUUCGUCGCUGAGGACGUUUCGCGCGGAGGAACGUCUGCGACUCAGUGACAGAAAUUCCAUACUGAUGACGCAAAUCAAUGGUUACAUAAUAAAUCUGGUAGUUAUGGGGUUCCAAAUGUAAAUUUGUCUAAUUUGCGUCUCUUCUGGUCGAUUUUGGUAAAGUGUUGUGUUGAUCUGUCCACGAGCUCCAGCAAAACUCAAAUGCUUCUUCUAGAGAAGACUAUAUUGCACAAAUAUUGACUGUUUUGUUAGAGAUUCUUCGUGUUUACAUUUGACCUUUUUGGCCUUUUGUCUUUUGUCUGUCCUUUGUAAACAAUAGCUAAAACAAUGUAACUGCUCCGUCGACCAAUCAGCGCUUCUGACCGGAUUCUGGACAGAUUUUACGUCAUCAGUAUGGAAUUUCUGUCGCUGAGUCGCAGACGUUCCUCCGCGCGAAACGUCCUCAGCGACGAAGAGCGAGGAGAAACGGAUGUUUUCGCAGGCUAAACGACAGCAAGCUUGUGUUUCUAGAUUUCUAGAGAAAAAACAAAAACCUAAAAACUGAAGUCCUUAGCGCCCUAACUAAGUAUUUAUCUUAAAUGUUCUGGCAAUGUUUAAAGUGUUUGAGAUGACCAACUUCUGCAUCCGCUCAAGGACGCUCCGUGCUCUCGCUCCAAGUAGCUUCCUCACCGACUUCUCUAGGUGUUUAGAGUAACCACCCAGUACGUCAAUUAUUACGUUGUACUGUUCAACCCGGUACGUAACCAUUGUAUUAUUAUUAUUAUUAUUAUUAUUAUUAUUAUCGUUAUCAUGAUAAUCAUUAUCGUUAUCAUUGUUAUCGUUAUUAUCAUUAUCAUCAUUAUUAUUUUUUUAUUUAUGUAUUUUUUUUGUGUGUGCAGAUUAACGGUGAACAGACUCUAGGGGAAAAUAUUGCCGACAAUGGCGGCAUUAAGCAGUCAUUCCAGGUACCUCACUUACCUUUAAUAGUUUAAUAAUCUAGGCAAUUAAUUAAUUCUUAAAAUAGCUCAAGAUCUUUUUAUACACAUCCUUAAAGCGAAUUUGAUGCAUGUCGGUCACUCGAUGGCUCCGAAACGCGCUCGCUAAGCAAGGAAGCCGCCAUAUAUUUUCCGCCUUUUUCAAGCCUGCUUUUCCAGUACUCUGCGGGUUUCUUUCUUUUCUUUCUUCUUCUUUUUUUUUCAUCAAGAUGGGAAGUUUUAAGAGUUGUCCAUUCUUCUACAAACGCUGCACUGAAUUCAAUUCUGCCGACUUGCGGCUGUCUGUCUUUCUAAGUUAUUAGAGAGAGAAUACUCUUUUCUUCUAUAAAAAUCUGUUUUAAGAAGAAUAUUUUAAGAACAUACUCAAGGCUGAGAAGUUAAAAAGGACUCAGUUUUGUUUGUUGAAAACCGUAAAUACAAUACCAUUAUAUGAUUUUAACCUGUUUUCCCAGCCUUGAGUUUUCUGUCAAAAUAUUGAAACCCAAUACAUUCUAAAGUGGAAAUGCCAUAAGCUAUCAUUUAUAAGUAAGAAUAAUCAGCCUAAAAUCGACAGAAAAAUAAGAACAUUCAGGCUUGGUUGGGAAGAUAACAUUCUUAUAUAAAAAAAGGAGUGUAAUGGGACGAAUCCCACUUUACGGACACCCGCUUAAUACCAACUCCAUAUUUGGUGGCUCCUUCAGUGUGUAUGUCCGUAUUAAUGGAGUUCGACCUGAUCCGUCUCCUGCAUGAAAAAAGUAAGUUUCAACUCGAACCCGUUCGCAGAUUUGAGAUGGACAUCAUCACUAGCUGCCUUAGACCUAAAAUAAAAACUGGAUGUUUUUACCUUCAGGCCUAUCAGAACUGGAAGAAGAGAAAUGGCGUCGAACCUUCUCUUCCAGGAAUGAAAGAUUUUAGCAACGAGAAGAUCUUCUUUCUUGGUUUUGCUCAGGUUUGGCAACAAUAUUUUUAUUACUAAGUCAACCAUCGCAGUUCAACAAAAUUCUGAAAAAAUUCUUGGUUGCAUCUCCCCACUCGAGUUUUGGCACUACCAAGGUCAUUUAAGAAGGUCCAUACAGCAAUUCGAUAAUUAUAUAGCUGGUGUUGUGUUCUGGAAGUUUGGUUAACGCCUACGGUUCACACUGUAAAAUGAAGCAAGAAUGACGUUCAAUACAAUGAUGUUUAUUUCUAUAUAUACAUUUUUAUAUACAGUAGAACCCCUGUGUGCAACCACUGCCUGGUUGGCUCAGUUGGGAGAGCAUCGGUCUGCUGAUCGGGAGGUCACGGGUUCAAAGCCAGGCCGGACCAACACUCAGGGUCUUAAUUUAAAGAACUGAGAGAAAAGUGCUGCCUUUGUAAUGACUUCUGUAAUGAAAUCUUUUGGGAUAAGGACGAAAAACCGUUGGUCCCGUCUCACAGCUUUUUCACUUAUUUAGUUCCUGUGGAACGUAAGGGAACCGACGCUUCUGUUCGAAAAGAGUAGCGGACGUAGACCCCAUUAAUGUGGCCAACCUUUCCUGGGCCGGGUGGGUUAUCUUUAAGGAGAGAUCCUAAUAUAGGCUAGGGAUAACCUCAUGAUCCUACUUCAGGUGUCGUAAUGGCUACUUGUAAACGUGUAUGUAUGUACCACCUCUCGUAAGCCACCACCUCUACAAAACACCCAAAAUUUCCCAGUCAAAUCACUACAGUUAGAACCUCUUACACGAACACCUCUCGUCUCAUUGUAAACGACUACUUAGGGAAUGGUUUGAUUUGAUCUGUCUGUUUGUUGUUUGUACUACACUUCCAAGAGAACGCGAUGCACUUAGCUGACAACAUGAAACUGCUCAGAUCGUAUCGUAACUUAGAAAUUGCAUGGUAUGCAAAAUGGGGAUGAUGUGUUUCAGACUGACCUGUUGUAGGAAAGGACAUCCUGCAUGGGGAUCAAUUCUCCUAUAUAAGCGAACACCUCCCGUAAGCCUCUUCUAAAUCUUCGCAUUUUGGGUGGUCGUUAAUGGGAGGUUUGACUGUAUUUAAUUAUUUUUUACUUGUUUACUCAUUUAUUUUCUUCCAGAUUUGGUGUAGCAAGUAUCGAAAAGCAGCAGCUAUUAGGCAGAUUGACUAUGGGGUGCACAGUCCUGGAAAAUAUCGGUAAAGGCCUAUCCUGUUAGAUUAGGAAAUCCGAUCUCUGGCCCAAUAUUAAAAUUUCAUAGAAAAUCUUGAGCCAAAAAAAAACAUCUUCACACAAAAAAAUAAGUAAAUAAAAAUAAAUAACUGACAAUAACAAAUGUAGGAUUUUCAGAUCCCAAAAAAGAAAAUAUUACGGUAAAAAAGCAUUUAUAGGUGCUAAGUUAUUUUGUUGAUAUUAGCCAAUUAGUCGGCCUUAUUCGCUAUGAAACUUUUCAAAGUACUCUUGAAUGACAAAAUCACAGUUUCGUGUCAAACAAAAUUUCUUUCCAAAAUUAACCUUAAAAAAGGUUAGGCUAUAUAUAUAGCAAGGUUUCAAAAGGCACAAUUGCAAAUACUUUCCAAACUCAAAUUUGUCCACCCUUGCUUCCUUUUGUAAAUGCUCUGUUAUUUUAUACCCUCUUCCUAUGUUUUGAACAGUUAUUUUUAUUUUCGUUUAGUUUGGUGGUGUUUCCUACAGUUCGAAUACUGAUAAGUUUAGCACACAGCUUCUCCUCCUUUAAAAAGGUUUUAUUUGAAUGGUCACCUCCCCUAAUUGUUUUUCACUUAAUUUCUUUUUGCUUGAAACCAUAGUUAUUUAAGUGGUAACCCGUUAGGGCCUGUUUACAUGGAUGUGGGGGACCCCAGGUAGGUGAGGUAACCGCUUUGGUGGGUAACCCGCCUGUCCACAUAAUCUCUCAUUUUAAUUUGAUCACGUUUACAUGAUAGGUGCGGUGACCUGCCCGCAUGUUACCUCACCUAUCUGGGGUCCCCCACCUCCAUGUAAACAGGCCCUUAGACUCCUUUGUUAUAUGUUUUUGCUAGCUUUUUUGGACCUGACAAUGCACAACGUACAAUAGACCUUAUUCACGAUACCCUCCAUCUUUGCACGCGCUUAAGGACUGACGGGAUAAAAGGAAUGUCACGUGGUUUCUCUGGGGGCAAGCAAGUGGUAAAUUCUGCCAAUGCACAAAAUCGCGGUCGAGUUUAUAAAUUCUAGACAUCAGACAAUUGCAAAUAAGAACGUUUUAUGUGAAAGAUGAUAAUAGCAAAUUAUGGUUUGAAAUUAUCAUUUGCUACGUUUUAGAUACAGUAGUUAUAACUUGUGGAAUCUCGAACUGUACAUUUUGUACGACUACUAAAUCAUUCUCUCGUUUUGAGAUAAGUAUUGGCAAUUUUGGUCACUUGUUUGGCCCCUGAAGUACCACAUGACAUUGUUUUUAUCCCAUCAAUCCGAAAGGGCCUGCACAGAUAGCGGGUAUCGUGAACAAGGUCGAUAGCAUUCCUAUCAUUUUGAACUUACUACCCAACGGAAAAAUCGCAUUAAUUCAUAAUUCAGUCUCAAUUUAUGAACAAAAAAGCAAAGAAUUGUGCACGGUCAGGGAGCUUCCAACAUAAACUACAACACCGUUGUUUUCAACUCUGAUGUUUGCCGACUUUCAUAACCAGUCUCCUCUACUAACCAUGUUGAAACUAGACACUCAAGGAAAAAAAAGGCAUCCUUGUAGAUCGUUUAAAGACCUGACUGAUUUCCAACUUGGUUGGUCUGACUGUGGCAUUGUUUAUCUUAUCUUUCAGGGUGAUUGGUUCUCUGUCGAACUUUGAUGAAUUCGCCAAAGCUUUUAACUGUAAAAAAGGAUCUCGUAUGAAUCCUGAAAAGAAAUGUUCCGUUUGGUAAUGAACCUUUGAGAGCGUCUGAUUUAGCUUUGACAAAGGAUCUGUGUCAAAAGGAAUUUUUUCAAACAUAACUUAUAUUAUAGAUCAGUUCUUGCAGGAUAGUUUUAUUCUUUGAUUUUAACGUAACGACGUCAACAAAACUGAAAACUCUAAUUUCGAAAGUAAAUUUGAUUAUCUCUGUGACACAAUGACAUGGGAGGGUAUUCUCCUUAUGUUGGUAUGCGCAAGUCAACGAUUAUAACAUAACAUCACGGGUUAUUUUUAGAUCUCUCUAUAUACCCUUUUUAGCAGAGGGUAAUUACCUGGAAUACUCCGUAAAAUGAAGCAAAACUUGUGGGACUUGUUUAUAUGAUUUGCCGCCGUCUCGCUUUACUUGCAAUUGGCUAUUUUUUUUGUUAACAACUGUUUUUUUUUGUCAAUAAGGAGUUUCACUCUCAGAAUAUACUCGGCUUCCCAGCGUCAGCCGAUCAGUAUACAUCGACUUGUUGUAUCUAACUACACAUGUGUAGUUGCUCGUAGUCACGUAAAGCUACGUACAAACUCUCAACAUUGUUGGGCCAACAAUGUUGGGAGUUGAUGCGUCCGUGUUUGCAGUGGUUUGCAAACGCAUGCAAAAAUUCCCAACAUUGUUGGGCAACAAUGUUGGGAGUUGUUGCGUCCGUGUUUGCAGUGGUGUGCAAACGGAUGCAACAACUCCCAACAAUGUUGGGACCUGCAGUGCAUGGUGGGAAGGAUACAACCCAUAAGACUUUGAAGACCAGGGCAUGUGAAAUGUGCCUGCAUGGUCCCAGCAAUGUUGGAAAGAGCUGGGCAAACGAAUCCAACAUUGUUGCGCUACGCUUCGGCGAAACGAAACGUAAGAAAUGUUGGGAGUUGUUGGCUAAAAAAUUUGACCGGUUUCAAACUUUGCGUAACAACUCCCAACGAUACGCAACAACAUGCAACGGGGUGCCCAAACGGACGCAGCAUCAUGGACAUCUAACAAUCUUUGGAGUUGUCGGCCAACAACGUUGCGUCCGUUUGUAUGUUGCUUUAUCUAAACAAAUUGAAAGAAAGCGGCACCUUGAUUGCGAAUGAAUUCUUUUCCUCCUGGGAAAUUAAGUUCACAUGAUUGACCACUCAAUAGGUACAAAAUGAAAAAAAUCAACUAUAUUAUGAGCCAUGCACUCACGAUCCGAACAAAACUGACUAUACACUAUUACACUAUUAUACAAUAUAUUUACAUGUUUUUCUACAUUUCAUCUGAGGAUAACUAUAUAAGAAAGUUAGUCAUUGUAAUUGUUUUAUCACAUGCACAUGAUCAGCAAAACAAACUUACGAAAAUGAAGUAAAAGGCUAAAAAAAAUUAUUUGUUACUCGUGAGUGCACUCUCCAGUCACUAAGCGCUUCGAUUACAUGCAGCGCACAGUAACCUGUCGCCGCGCCUGCUGUCUUUAUACAAAUUGCCAUAGUCCCAUUGGCCCUGUAAAUAUAUAUCAUUAGUUUGCUUUCGUUUAUUAUCAUAAUAACUAACGAAUAUCAUAAUGCGCUAUUUUUUAACUUUAGCAUGAUCAAAUAGACAACUAAAUAAAUAGCACUUUUACUUUUCCUUGCGUUUCUCUUGCAUUUGUCUGAAAGGUCCUUGUUUACGACGGAAAGUUGUAAUAAAGAAAUCCCGAUUCCGGAUUCCGGAAAUUUUGCUUGUACUAGUGAUCCGGAAUCUAGAGGGCCAGGGCCCGGUUCCUGAAAGGCCGAUUAGCAUUAAUCCAGGAUUAAAAUUUUGUUCCGUUUUUGUAUUUUACAUUCCUAUGCAUUGCUUAGGGUAACAUUUUGUGUUAUCAUUACUGUAUCUCGUAGUAAAGGCUCAACACUACUUUGUAACCUCGAGUUACAUGUUCUUAGACGAGAAAACCGAGCUUGAAAUUUGGCUUAAUCCUUGGUUAAACUUAACCAUCUUUCGAGGAACCGGGCCCAGGCGUGGAAUCCAGAAUGGAUGUGGAACCCUCACUUUCAAAAUGAGGCCAAGUGCACAACCGUUCUUGUGAAAAUAUCAAAUGCUAAGUACUUAACCUCGUUUUGAUACAGAGGCCCGGGGAACUCAGAAAUGGCCUAUUGUCGUGACGUGUACGUCAACAUUGACGUUACCAUGACAACCGGUUUUGACAGCUACUUAUUUUUAGAAUUUGUAGUUUCUCUAUCAGGGAGGUUUUAUUUCUAUUUUUACUUCUUGAAUAAUUAGGUUACACUUAUUUCAGCAUUAUUUUGUCAAAUGAAUUAUGUAACUGUUAACAAUUAAACUUGGCUUUUCAGUGACUAAUGACGCAUACGUAUGCGUCAGUGGCUUUGUUGUUGGUUCUCUCCC